AUGAUCUCUGGGCGGUUCAACGACCAGCACAAAAUGAACUACAUGAGGCAUGUCAAGGAGGCACUUUGUGCCAGAUCUGUGCCAGUGGAUAUGGUGAAGGCCGACUUUGCUGGCGCCAGAUUCGGAAACCAGACGGCGCUGCUCCUGUACAGGGCCAAAGCCCUGCUGACUUUUUGCACAAGGGAUUAUGGAGAGAAAACUGGCGCACAGUAUGAAACCUAUAUAGAGCUCGAGUAUGCGCAUCAGAACAAGCUUGCUAUUCUGCCAAUCCAGCUCUGCCAUGAGUUUCCACCCUGCCCCAAAGAUGAGGAAGGUCAGGCACAAAAUGCUUUGGUAUUUCGGAGCGACUUGGUGCGGAUCAUAGACAAAGACAUGUCGGACCCGGCGAGGGUUGCAGAGGAGAUCAGUGAUGCCUGGUUCAGAGCAAUCCAGUAUAUGUGUCUAUGCGACGCUUGA